AACUGAAUGAAGUUGGUAAACUCAGUAAGCCGGCACGCGGCACCACGGGCGCGCGUAUAAUCUGUGGCAAUUUGAAUAAUUCCAACAUUGUUGUUAAAAAGAAAACAACAUUGAAUAUAACAAGUUUAGCAACGAGAAAUACGAAAAUUACUUUCUUCAACGAUGGGUAGAGUAAAGAUAACUGACGCCCAGCGGUUCAUGUCAGACUGCCUGAAGGCUGUCGGCACUGCGAGCAAGGCAGCUGACCUGCAGGCCGCGUUGCUGAUCCAGGCUGAUAAGUUUGGACACCCUAGUCAUGGACUGAAUAGAUUAGAAAUGUAUAUCAACGAUAUUUUAAGUGGUGCCUGCAAACCCAAUAACCAGCCAAAGAUUCUGAAGGAAUCCCAGUCGACAGCGUGGGUCGAUGCCAACAACGUGCUCGGUGCUACCGCCAGCCAGUUCGCCAUGGAUAUAGCUAUCAAAAAGGCUCAGGAGACGGGCGUAGGAUGGGUGUCAGUAAAAGGCUCCAAUCACAAUGGAAUGGCUGGUUUCUGGUCUCAAAUGGCAGCAGAUAAAGGUCUCAUUGGAAUGGCUUUCACCAACACCUCACCCUUGCUGGCGCCGGCUAGGAGUAAACAGGCAGCUUUAGGAACCAAUCCUGUGUCAGUAGUUGCACCAGCCUCGAAGGGUGAAUCCUUCUACCUAGACAUGGCCACCACUGCAGUUGCUGUGGGAAAGAUUGAAAUGCAACUUCGUAAGGGAGAGCCCAUACCCCACGGUUGGGCACAAGGACCUGAUGGCAAGGAGACUACAGACGCUCAAGUGGCUUUCGAUACGAAGUGCCUCAUGCCGUUGGGUGGCAAUGAGACCACAUCUGGCUACAAAGGAUACGGGCUAGCAGCGAUGGUAGAGCUUUUCUGUGGAAUAUUGUCAGGUGCUAACUACGGACACCACGUACGGUCAUGGUCCCACGCGGGAGACGGUGGACCAGCCAACCUGGGGCACUGCUUCGUGGCUGUCGACCCUGAACGGUUCGCGCCUGGUUUCGGAGACCGCCUCGCUGACUGCAUACAACAUUGGCGACAGUUGGAACCAACGGAUCCUAAUCUGGCCGUGAUGGCUCCAGGAGACAAAGAGAAGAAAGCGGCGGCAGAAGCAGAAGCCAGCGGCACAGUGUCAUAUGUCCAACAACAGAUCGAGUCUAGUGCAGCGCUUGCGGAAAAACUCAAAGUCAAACCAAUGCAAGUUGAAGUUGAUCUUCAAUAGUAGGUCUGUGUGAGAUGAGGGCAAUUUUAUGCUCACCACGAGAUCUGGUUGUCCAAUCACUAUCUAUAAUAUCGUCUAUCAAAAAUGUAAAGUCCAAUGGUUUAUCCGUAGCUUGUACUUAGACAAACAGACUUCAUACACAUAUGCGCCACUUGUGAGCAAAAGAAUAGUUGCUCUCAUUUUUACUACCUACGUUUCUGUGAUAACUGACUGAGGAAUGAUGAUGUCAAGAUAAUGAUGCAAUGCAUAUCGCACUGUAUGAAUACUAUUGUGUGCUAAUAUUUUGUAUAAAUUGUUGUUACGUAAUCAUCAGAAUAAAACAAAUGAAAUCUUA